AUGCAGAAGUCAAACAAGAGAAUCAAGCAGGACCAAAGUACGAGUAGUAACUGUACCAGCAACGGCGGCUCAACGACGGCGCCGCUUCAUUUUUCGCCGCCGCGUCUCACCAGUGAGGAGGAAGUUUCCAUCAUGGUUUCCGCCCUCAAAAACGUUAUCACCGGCGCCGCCGCCGAAAACGCGGGUUACGAGUUCUGUGGUUCUGAUCAUUUCAGACGCGCCGCCGCCGGUGGUGGCUUUAUCUCUGUUUCCGAUGAUUUGGAAACUUGCCGCUUCUGCCGGAUAAAUGGCUGCUUGGGCUGUAAUUUCUUUGACGAUCAGGAAAACAAGAGUAGCCACAACAACAGCAACGCACCGUCUUCAGCAGCGACGCCGCCGCCAGUGGCGGCGGCGGCGGAGGAUGGGAAGAAGAGGAAGAAGAAGAAUUACAGGGGUGUGCGGCAGCGGCCGUGGGGGAAGUGGGCGUCGGAAAUAAGAGACCCACACAAGGCGGCGCGUGUGUGGCUGGGAACUUUCGAGAACGCGGAGGACGCGGCGCGUGCUUACGAUAGGGCGGCCAUCAAGUACCGUGGGCCCCGAGCGAAGCUCAAUUUUCCAUUCUCGGACUACACUGCCGGCGGCGUUGGUGCCGCCACUUCUUCCAUCGCCGCCGCGCUUACGGCGGCGAGUUCCUCUUUCUGCCAUCAGCAAGAAAAUGUGGUGAUUGAAAUGCAGAAGAAGCGGAAACAAGAAAAUUUUGGGGAAAUGGAAAUUGGAUCGAGCAGUAAUAAUAAUAAUAAUAAUAAUUAUGAGAUAAAUAAUUACGGUGAUUUGGUGAUCGGAGAAGAUGAUAUUAAGGAGUGGCUGAUGAUGAUGGAUUUCGACAAUGGCGGGAGUUCAUCGGACUCUGCUAAUGGCGGCGGAAUUAAUGCUCAUUGCGUGUAGUGCAAUGCUAAUUAAUUACAUUAUUUUAUUAUUU